UGAGAGUCUUAUAUCCUCAUCUGCAUGAUAUAUCCAUAGCCUUCUACUACAAGCACCAUUCAACCACUUCUCUAACCUACUUCGCAACUCUAUCACCAUGUCGUCUUACGAUAACACCUCCGGCCAAGACACCACCACGGGUGGCACCACCUUCCCAGGUAACGAGCAAGUCCCCAAAGAUCAGACCGGGGCCACCACCGAUUCCAAGAAGGACGAGUCUAAAGACUCUAGUUUCAAGGAUGAGUCCGCGAAGGACCAGAAGCCCGAGGAGACGGAGGCUUCGACUACUACGGCUUAUUCCAAGAAGAAGUACCAGUCUGGUUAAAGACUGCGGUCUAUGAAGAUAGAAAGGGGGGGUAGUUGAAUGGGGGUUGAUGGCUAUCGCAGCCACAACGUACCAUGUAGACAUGGAUACCGAUACCCUGUGGUUGAUGGUUGACGUUUUGGGAAUGGAUGGAUUCGUUGAUCAGAGCGGUGUGAACGUAUACCCAACCGAGACAAGAUCAGAUGAACAACAUUUGGAAGGCGGGAACGAUGAACAAAGGAAAGAGAGAAAGAGAGAAAGGGAUUACGAUCGUUUCGCGACUGUGUGUGGGUUUAACUUCGAACUUCCUGUUUGGCUAGCUUGAUGUUGUCGGGAAAGAUAGGUACCUCGCCGGUGCUUGAGUGAGGAACCUUGAUCAGAUAGACAGACGACUUUGAGUUGCCUGGUGGGCAUUGAAUAUAUCACCAUGGUUGCUACCCCCUAAUCUGCUACUAAGGUUGGCUGUGGAGCUUUAAACCUCUUCCCUACG